GGGGCUGCAGGCAACUUGCGCGCCGGACGGAUUCCUGCUGCGGCCGCGCGUCCUCCUACUCCCAAGCAGGGAGAGGGCGCAUGAUGGCGGCCGCGGCGGCAGCGGCUGCGGGGAGCGCCAGCAGCGGCGGCGGCGGAGGAGGCAGCAGCAGCGACACGUCCAGUACCGGCGAGGAGGAGAGGAUGCGGCGCCUCUUCCAGACGUGCGACGGCGACGGGGACGGAUACAUCAGCAGAAAUGACUUGCUAAUGGUCUGUCGCCAGUUGAAUAUGGAAGAAUCUGUGGCUGAGAUCAUGAACCAAUUGGGAGCAGAUGAAAAUGGGAAGAUUUCCUUUCAGGAUUUCACAAGAUGCCGCAUGCAGCUUGUUCAAGAAAUUAGGAAGGAGGAAGUAGAUCUUUCUGCAAAGUCAGACAACUCCUGUACGAAGAAGCUGAGGGAUACAGUUGCUUCCUGGCCCACGAGCAGUGACAACAGUUUGGGUGCCUUAUCAGCAGCGAGGGAGAGCUGGGAAUACGACUCUGGUGCCAGGGACCUCCAGAGCCCAGAUGUGCAGAGCCAGUCAGCCCUACAGAAGCUGCUCGAGUAUGGCGGAAGCUCUUUGCAUCAGCAGGCUGCUCUCCACAAACUGCUUACGCAGUCCCCGCACAUUGGCAACUCUGUAGGAGGAAGCUAUCUAGAGCUGGCCAACACGCUCCAUUCAGCAGCCCUGGCAUCACUAAAGGGAGAUAUAGUGGAACUUAAUAAACGUCUCCAGCAAACAGAGAGGGAACGGGACCUUCUGGAAAAGAAAUUGGCCAAGGCACAGUGCGAGCAGUCCCACCUCAUGAGAGAGCAUGAGGAUGUCCAGGAGCGAACGACGCUUCGCUAUGAGGAACGCAUCACAGAGCUCCACAGCGUCAUUGCAGAGCUCAACAAGAAGAUAGACCGUCUGCAAGGCACCACCAUCAGGGAGGAAGAUGAGUACUCAGAACUGCGAUCAGAACUCAGCCAGAGCCAACACGAGGUCAACGAGGACUCUCGAAGCAUGGACCAAGACCAGACCUCUGUCUCUAUCCCCGAAAACCAGUCUACCAUGGUCACUGCUGACAUGGACAACUGCAGUGACCUGAACUCAGAACUGCAGAGGGUGCUGACAGGGCUAGAGAAUGUCGUCUGUGGCAGGAAGAAGAGCAGCUGCAGCCUCUCCGUGGCCGAGGUGGACAGGCACAUUGAGCAGCUCACCACGGCCAGCGAGCACUGUGACCUGGCGAUUAAGACAGUCGAGGAGAUUGAGGGGGUGCUUGGCCGGGACCUGUAUCCCAACCUGGCUGAAGAGAGGUCUCGGUGGGAGAAGGAGCUGGCUGGGCUGAGGGAAGAGAAUGAGAGCCUGACUGCCAUGCUGUGCAGCAAGGAGGAAGAACUGAACCGGACCAAGGCCACCAUGAAUGCCAUCCGGGAAGAGCGGGACCGGCUGCGGAGGAGGGUCAGAGAGCUUCAAACUCGACUACAGAGCGUGCAGGCCACAGGUCCCUCCAGCCCUGGCCGCCUCACUUCCACCAACCGCCCGAUUAACCCCAGCACUGGGGAGCUGAGCACAAGCAGCAGCAGCAAUGACAUUCCCAUCGCCAAGAUUGCUGAGAGGGUGAAGCUAUCAAAGACAAGGUCCGAAUCGUCAUCAUCUGAUCGGCCAGUCCUGGGCUCUGAAAUCAGUAGCAUAGGGGUAUCCAGCAGUGUGGCUGAACACCUGGCCCACUCACUUCAGGACUGUUCCAAUAUCCAAGAGAUUUUCCAAACACUCUACUCACAUGGAUCUGCCAUCUCAGAAAGCAAGAUUAGAGAGUUUGAGGUGGAAACAGAACGGCUGAAUAGCCGGAUUGAGCACCUCAAAUCCCAAAAUGACCUCCUGACCAUAACCCUGGAGGAAUGUAAAAGCAAUGCCGAGAGGAUGAGCAUGCUGGUGGGAAAAUACGAAUCCAAUGCCACAGCGCUGAGGCUGGCCUUGCAGUACAGUGAGCAGUGCAUCGAAGCCUACGAACUCCUCCUGGCGCUGGCGGAGAGCGAGCAGAGCCUCAUCCUGGGGCAGUUCCGAGCGGCGGGCGUGGGGUCGUCCCCUGGAGACCAGUCGGGGGAUGAAAACAUCACUCAGAUGCUCAAGCGAGCUCAUGACUGCCGGAAGACAGCUGAGAACGCUGCAAAGGCCCUGCUCAUGAAGCUGGAUGGCAGCUGUGGGGGUGCCUUUGCCGUGGCUGGCUGCAGCGUGCAGCCCUGGGAGAGCCUUUCCUCCAACAGCCACACCAGCACAACCAGCUCCACAGCCAGUAGCUGCGACACCGAGUUCACUAAAGAAGACGAGCAGAGGCUGAAGGAUUAUAUCCAGCAGCUCAAGAAUGACAGGGCUGCGGUCAAGCUGACCAUGCUGGAGCUGGAAAGCAUCCACAUCGAUCCUCUCAGCUAUGACGUCAAGCCCCGGGGAGACAGCCAGAGGCUGGACCUGGAAAACGCAGUGCUGAUGCAGGAGCUCAUGGCCAUGAAGGAGGAGAUGGCUGAGCUGAAGGCCCAGCUCUACCUACUGGAGAAAGAGAAGAAGGCCCUGGAGCUGAAGCUGAGCACGCGGGAGGCCCAGGAGCAGGCCUACCUGGUGCACAUUGAGCACCUGAAGUCCGAGGUGGAGGAGCAGAAGGAGCAGCGGAUGCGAUCCCUCAGCUCCACCAGCAGUGGCGGCAAAGACAAACCCAGCAAGGAGUGUGCUGAUGCUGCCUCCCCAGCUCUGUCCCUAGCUGAACUCAGGACGACAUGCAGCGAGAAUGAGCUGGCUGCGGAGUUCACCAACGCCCUUCGUCGAGAAAAGAAGUUGAAGGCCAGAGUUCAAGAGCUGGUGAGUGCCUUGGAGAGACUCACCAAGAGCAGUGAAAUCCGACAUCAGCAAUCCGCAGAGUUCGUGAAUGAUCUAAAGCGGGCCAACAGCAACCUGGUGGCUGCCUAUGAGAAAGCAAAGAAAAAGCAUCAAAACAAACUGAAGAAGUUAGAGUCGCAGAUGAUGGCCAUGGUGGAGAGACAUGAGACCCAAGUGAGGAUGCUCAAGCAAAGAAUAGCUCUGCUGGAGGAGGAGAACUCCAGACCACACACCAAUGAAACUUCGCUUUAAUCAGCACUCACGCACCGGAGUUCUGCCCAUGGGAAGUAAACUGCAGCAGGCCACUGAGGACAGAAGGGCCCAUGUACUUGUUGGGAGGAGGAAGAAAGGGAAGGCUGGCAGGUAGGUUGGCACUUGGACAGUGGAGUGCCCCAACUCAGCCCUUGGGGUGACUGGCCAUGGUGACACUGUGGACUGUAUCCAGAGGUGCUCACUCUUCCCUCCCGGGCCCACAACAGCGUGUAAACACAAGUUCUGUGCCUGCUCGGCAGAACCUCAUUUCUACUUUCAGCACUCUCUCCCUCCUCUUCUAGUCUGGCGGCUGUGCAUCAGUGGGAUCCCAGGCAUUUGUUUCUGUAAGAUUCUCCAUCGUAUCCUCUUUUUGGAAGAUGGUGGGCUCAUCUUCUAGGAUCUUGUUUCUCCUCUUUCCUCCUGCUUCAUGGGAAAACAGACCUGUGUGUGCCUCCAGCAUUUAAAAGGACUGCUGAUUUGUUUACUACAGCAAGGCUUUGGUUUUCAAGUCCUGGGUCUCAACUUUAAGAUAGAGGCGGUCAUAAGAGGUGUUGUCUGGGAGUUAUAGGUCAUGGGAAGAGCGUAGACAGGUGUUAUUUACAGUCCCAGAUACACUAAAGUUACAAAAACAGACCACCACUAGGACUGUGCCUGAACAAUUUUGUAUGGACAGAAUAAAAACUUCCUUCAACCUUCAUUUUGGAGGCAGGGCUGGGAAGGGAGCGCUCUCUUGAUUCUGGGAUUUCUCCCUCUCAGUGGAGCCUUAUUAAUAUCUAAGACUCAGAGCUGAGAAUCUUUUUGAUACCUGUAGUGGAACUAAAAUUUUGUCAGGGGUUUCUUCAAGAGCUGAGAAACAUUAUUAGUACUUCCUGCCCCAGGGCACUACAUAAUUGCUGUUCUGCUGAAUCAAAUAUCUUCCACAUGGGUACAUUUGUAGCUCUGGACCUGUCUCUACCUAAGGACAUUAGAGAUACUGAACAUUUUGCAAAACUUAUGCCUACUUAAGAGUGCUGUGUAACCCCCAGUUCAAGACGUAGCUCCUGUUGUCAUGACGGGGACAGGGUGAGGGAAUGGUAGUUAAGGCUUUUUUGCCCCCACAUACAUGGUGAUGGUUAGCAAUGGUGCUUAAGAGGUUAAAUUUCAAGCAAAAUGCUCACAGGGCUAGGCAGGACCAAAGUAACUGAAUUCUUUCAGGAAGGUCUUCUAUCUUAAAACAAAUUCAUUAUUCUUUUUCAGUUUUACCUCUUCUCUCUCAGUUCUACACUGAUACACUUGAAGGACCAUUUACUGUUUUUUUUCUGUAGCACCAGAGAAUCCAUCCAAAGUUCCCUAUGAAAAAUGUGUUCCAGUGCCACAGCUGACUGCAAAUUGAAGUUGAUGAGGUUUCUGCAUAGUCUUUAUGUCCAUGAGCUACGGGUGGGUCUAUUUUCAGAGCAUGAUACAAAUUCCACAGCCUUCUGUUCACUGGAGGAUACUCCAGCCACCAAUUCGGAGGGCAGACAGUUCUAUCCUAAAAGCAACCACCGAGAGGCCAGCAGUGAGGCUGCCCAUCUCCAAAACAAAACAAAACAUCAACUGGUAUUAGUCUAGAAGGACCAGCUUUGGGAGCAGUGAGGCUGCCUAUCUCCAAAACAAAACAUCAACUGGUAUUAGUCUAGAAGGACCAGCUUUGGGGUGCUUUGAUCACUAUGAAAAUGUUCACUGGUUUCUAUCAUUUGGUGAAAAUUAGUUCCUGUGAUUUUUUUUCUUUUUUUUUUUUUUUUUUUUUUUGAGACGGAUUUUAAUCGUUACCCAGGCUGAAGUGCAAUGGCAUGAUCUUGGCUCACUGCAACCUCUGCCUCCCAAGUUCAAGCAAUUCUCCUGCCUCAGCCUCCUGAGUAGCUGGAAUUACAGGCGCCCGCCACCAUACCCAGCUAAUUUUUGGUAUUUUUAGUAGAGACAGGGUUUCGCCAUGUUGUCCAGGCUGGUCUCGAACUCCUGACCACUGAUCCACCCACCUCGGCCUCCCAAAGUGCUGGGAUUACAGGCAUGAGCCAAUGUGCCUGGCCAUUCCUGUGAUUUUUAAAAAUUUUUCACUGUUAGUAUAAAGUUGCAUUUUGUCAUGAGGAAAAUGUUUUGGCUGAAAAACAUAUGCCAAAAAAAAAAUCAGUUUUCACCAUUUUUCCAGCUUGCCUAGGGAAACGUCCUCCCCUGAGCAAAGUGGGAUGUGCAUGGCUCUUUUGUGAUUAAGCAGGCAUCAAAUGAGCAGUUUUCAUUUUCACUGACACAGAAACAUGUGGCUGAAGCAGGAAUAAAAUCCUGCCUACUGACUUCUGUCUCCAUUCUUGCUCCAGGUAAAAUCAGAGAACCUCCCCUUCUUGGCCCUUUAAUUCCCCCAGGCAGAGGCGGCUUCAGCUCCUCUGUUAAGGGCCCCAGUUUUACUCAUCCUCUCUGACCUUGGUUUGAGUUUAGUACUUUCAAAUAUGUGACAAUUUGGGUAAAAACUAUUUUGCAGGCAAAAAAAGUGUUAAUUUUAUAAAUACGUAUAAUAAAAAAGCUAUCAAAGUU